AUGUCACCGCCGCAAGAGCAAACAUUCCCGCCACUCGACCUGCCUGAGUUGCAACUACAUAUCCCCUCUUUGAACAGAGCAGUGGCACACGACAGUCCUCUAGCCUCGUCAUUGAGCUCUCCUACAAGCUCAUAUUUCGGCGACUCGUACGGCCCAACCUCAGAUCCGUCUGCUGUCCCGAGGUCCUUUCCCGUCUAUCAGAAUGGCGCUGCAUUCGAUCCGACUUUGCAUAAAGAAUUUUCUCAAGCAGGCAUUCAAUUUCCCGCAUCAUGGCAGAUGCAAAGCUCGGAGCUCCUGCAGUUCCAAGCACCCCGUUCGCCCAAUGGAUACAUGUCCAUCAAAGAUCUCGCCCAAGAAAUCUUCCAGGAGACGUAUCCUCCAGUUUCCCGUACGCUCCCUCCAAGAUCAAAUGCACAAACGCCAUCAAGAAGUCCAACGCCUCUCACCAAACCCACCUCCCUCGAAGCUAUAUUGAACCGUGCUCCCACCAGUGCUCCCACCAGCGCACCCUCCCCGACUCUAACCGCUACAAGCUCGCCUAUGCCGCUUCAUGGACCCAAGUCGUUAUAUCGAAGCGACUCUGGAGAUUUCCAAUGUCCACAUCAGAUACUAGUAUUAGCAGCAGAAUUCGAAUUGUCGGCAAACCUCAUGACCCAGUGCAUUCGUCAAUAUUUUAGACAUCUCUACCCGAUCCGGCCUACGAUUCACGAAAGCUCAUUUCUUCAACGCCUCAAUAGAUUUGAUGAACUAUCCAACGAGGAGAAGAUCCUGGUCUUAUCAAUUUGCGCCAACACGGUCCUUCACGCGGCCCCUCAGUCAGACCUUUCAUUAGAUAGGAAAAUGCAACUCGGAAAGCAGUUUGUGGAACUGUGUUUCCGUUUACGAGGUCAGUACGACUGGGCAGAGUCAGCUACACUUCUGUCAAUACAAGCCAGCUACCAUAUUAGCGUGGCGCUGUUUGAACUCAAAAAGCCUCGAUCUCACGAGUUGUACCUCCGCGAGGCCAUUUCCAUGGCCAUUGAACAAGGCCUACAUCUUGAAUCCACCUAUUUCGGCAUGGAUGAUAUCCAAGCAAUCUGUUCCAGGCGAACCUUCGCCUUGCUCUUCAUCACAGAGCGUGGCCUGGCCAUACUCCGUAACAAACGUGCCCAGAUCUCUCGGCUACCUCUUCUAUCCAACGAGUAUUUCGAUGAACAAGACGGAAUUAUUCUGGCAGGAUUCACCGCUCUGGUCAACCUCUUCUCCAUCCUCGACGAGAAGUUCGUCCAACUUUGGAGUACCACAUCCUUCGAGUCCGUAUCUUCGGGCUACGAGCCGUACGACAACAUUGCGGCAAUUCAGCACUCGCUCAACGAGAUGUCUUUUGAAAACUUCCCCAUGACGGACAUUCAAAAGGCCGAUGUCCUCAUCACCCAUCACUGGCUAAGAUUAAUUUUCUGGCAGGCCUCAAUGCGUCAGGGCCUGGUCAGCUACAGCGCCUCUGACCCAAUCUUCACCUCUACGUAUCCCAUCACCAUCGCGAAGGACCUGUGCGCGGCUAUCAGCGGCUUGACACACAACGCGAUCCUAGUGCACGGGCUAGGCAUCUUCGAAAAACUGUUCGAGGUUGCAUAUACAUUGAUGGAUGCGCUGACGAUCGCGAACACAUAUUGGUCUGACAGUCAGGAGUUACGGCAUCUCUUUAACCUGUUAAGUGCGAGCCCGAACAGUCAAAGUACGUAUGUGAAGAUGUUGCGGACGAAGAUCCAGGAAGGCAGCCCGGCUGCGAGCCCGCCUCAUCGGGUACCGCAGCUAAUGUAG